AUGUUGGAGAAGGCAGGUGGCACCUGUGUUGUCAACCCCACUGACCUGUUCUGCUCCGUUCCUGGUCGCUUGUCUCUGCUCAGCUCCACUUCCAAGUACAAAGUGACCAUUGCAGAGGUGAAGAGGCGCCUUUCACCACCAGAAUGCCUCAACGCUUCCCUCCUUGGAGGUAUUUUGAGAAGAGCAAAAUCCAAGAACGGAGGACGCUGCUUGCGAGAAAAAUUAGACAGACUUGGACUGAAUUUGCCUGCAGGAAGAAGAAAAGCAGCAAAUGUCACACUUCUGACUUCCCUGGUAGAAGGGGAAGCACUACAUUUGGCCAGAGAUUUCGGCUACACCUGUGAAACAGAGUUCCCUGCCAAGGCAGUAGGAGAGCACAUUGCCAGACAGCACAUGGAACAGAAAGAGCAGACAGCGAGGAAAAAGAUGAUCCUAGCGACAAAACAAAUAUGUAAAGAAUUCCAAGACCUUCUAAGUCAAGACAGAUCACCCCUCGGAUCCUCCAGACCAACUCCAAUAUUAGACCUCGACAUCCAGAGACAUUUAACACAUUUCAGUUUGAUCACUCAUGGUUUUGGAACUCCUGCAAUAUGUGCUGCCCUAAGCACUUUCCAAACUGUUCUCAGUGAAAUGCUGAACUACUUGGAAAAGCACACAUCGCACAAAAACGGAGGAGCGGCGGAAUCCGGCCAAGGACACGCCAACUCGGAGAAAGCCCCCCUGCGGAAAACUUCAGAGGCUGCUGUGAAAGAGGGCAAAACAGAAAAGACAGACUAGCUACAUCAAACAGAAUCUAUUUCGAGAGAGUCUUGCUGCUGAUAUUUUUUUUAAAUAUAUAUAUCAUUGAGGGCAAUUUAUCUCCAGUGGACCA